GAAGCUAGCAACACAUCUUCUUCCAGGCGCCGAACAAAAACUGCAUGUCGAGCACGAAAACGACGACGUAGAACGAAUUAUAACCGAAUUAAAAAAAACAUUAAACAUGUUACGAGAGUUAGUGAGGGAGCGACUAAUGGCGGCGGCGGAUGAAAUAUUCUGGCUGUUUGAAAGAACGAUAGCGUCGUACGAGGAGGAACUUUCUCGAUCAAGAGAGGAGAAGGAGCGACAACGACAACAACUCGAAGCUGCUUACUUCCAGCAGCUAAUUGGUCGUCAAGAUGGAGUUACCCCUCUACCGCAGGAAAGGAGCUCGCCUUUGACGCAGGAGGAUACACAACUCCCCCACAUUAAAGAAGAAGAGGAGGAACUCUGUCUUCGAGGGCCAAAGUUGCUACUGACUGGUGUCUCCAUGGAGACUGAAAACCAUAAAGACGAACUACCUCAGUCCUCACAGCUUCUUCACUGUCUAAGUAAGGAGCCUUCAUGCAGCAGUUCACCACAACACAUGAACACAGAAGCUGAUGGAGGCUACUGUGGAGGAUCACCAGCUGACAACCUCCUAGCUCCACUUUCAGAUACUGAGGUUAAAGAUGAGGAAGACAUUCAAGAACAUUUAAAUACAGACUGGGAAGGUGAUAUGAGGACUCACACCAAUGACAAACACUCUGAAUGCUCUGAAAAAAAUACAGCAGCCAUGAAGAAAAACUUUUGCCAAGAAGCUCAUGACGCAUUAAUGGAGUCUUUGGAUGAUGACGAGAUCUUGCAUGAAGACUUUUCUUCUGAGAGCCAGGACAGCUCAGAAGACUUUGGUCCUGAAAUUAAGGAUCCCUGCAGCUCUGAGGAGGAGGAGGAAAAGGAGGAGAAAAAUGGCAACAUUGUUGACAGUCAAGAUGUUUGGAGGUCACGGAAUAGAGAAAUUUUGUGGUCGCCAUCUCAUGAGGUCACGUUGCCUUUUUUGCCUCCUCCAAUUUGGAACUCUGGACCCACCAACUAUGCAGUGUCGAGAAUCCGGAGCCCUGAAACGGCAUUUGGACUUUUUUUCCCAGAUGACAUCAUGCAACAUCUCCUGCAGAUGACCAAUUUGCAGGGCCAAAGGUCCGUCACGGCUUGGCAAGACAUAAACAUGGUGGAGCUGCGGGCCUACCUGGGCCUCCUCAUUCUGUCCGGGAUUUUCAAGUCCCGGCAUGAAUCUACAAAAAGCAUGUGGGACGGCGAGACCGGACGAUCGGUAUUUGCUGCAACCAUGAGCAAAAAGCGUUUUGUCGGCAUCAACAGGGCGGUGAGUUUUGAUGACGAACUCUCCCGGCCAACCCGCCACAUAAGGGACAAUCUGGCCCCUAUCAGAGAUGUCUGGACCAAAUGGAGCACCCUCCUUCCCCGCAUGUUCAACCCAUCCAGAGACGUCUGCGUUGAUGAGCAAUUUAUCCCAUUUAGGGGCCAUUGCUCUUUCAAAUUGCUCAUACCGCCAAAACCUGCCAAAUAUGGCCUGAAGAUCUGGACCCUGUGCGACGUUGAGACGUCCUACGCGUGGAACAUGCAAGUCCACACUGGAACGCCUGCUUCUGCAGCAGCCGGGGAGGUCAACCAGGGAAUGAGGGUCGUUCUGGAACUUUCCGAUGGCCUCGAGGGCCACACGAUAACAACAAAUAACUUUUUUACUUCCUUCCCCCUUGCUGCGGAGCUCCAAAAAAAGAAGAUGGCCCUAGUGGGGACAAUAAGAACUAAUAAGCAGGAGCUUCCCCCACAGCUGAUCAAGAUUGGAGGCAGAGAAGUUCUGUCUUCAAAGUUUGCCUUCACAGAAAAGAGGACUUUGGUCUCAUAUGUGGCAAAGAAGGGAAAAAAUGUCCUCCUUAUGAGCACAAAGCACAGGGAGCCAAAAGUCCAGGACACAGGAAAAAAGGAACCCCAGAUGAUCCUUGACUAUAAUUUGUGCAAGGGAGCUGUAAACCGCCUAAACCAGGCUUGUGCACCCUUCACUUGUAGAAGGAGGACACAUAGGUGGCCAAUAUCACUUUUCUACCAUAUGGUAGAUGUGUCGUGCUACAAUGCGUAUGUCCUCUUCGCGGCAGUGCACCCAGAAUGGAACCGCGGGAAGUCGUUUAAAAGACGUCUUUUCCUGGAGGAAAUCGGCAAAUCAUUGACCACCCCAGCAAUUCUGCAAAGGAGUCGUCUCCCCAAAGCACUGGCUGCAGCAACCCUGGUUGAGCAAACACAGAUGCGGCAGGAGGAGGAGCAGCAGCCACGGCGGGGGUCCUUAGGUAAACGAAAACAGUGUUCCAUGUGCACACGGAGGAAGAGAGUGGUUCUCCAGUGCAUAAUUUGUGGAAAAGCAACAUGCAAAAACCACCUCAAAAUACUAUGUGACUCAUGCCAAUGAUAUUUAUGUAUAUUGCUGGUCUUGUCAUCCGCGUCCGAACCUGAGGGCGACUUGGUGGUGUGAAUGGAUCAAACAUAACGACGGCGAGCAAUUCGUUGACCAAAGCUUUAUUUGGUCAAGCAAGCCUCGGACUGGAACUGCAGCUUCCAGGAGAAGAGUAUGGGCCUGAUGUUACUUUCUCUCCCUGUUUACCACCAGGACAAUUUAUCCUUAAAUACCUUUUACAUGAAGACACUUCAUCUGUGUUGUGCUAGUCUUGGGACUGGCAAGUCUAGACUAGGGUUGUACGUAAUACCGGUACUAAUAAAGUCAUCAUCAUAAUCGGCGGUCACUCGAACUAGUAUGAUGAUCCUCCUGGUAGGGGUGUAUCCCUUUAUGGAGGAUGCCUGUGCGUGACUUUGUUUAACGUGAAGAGACUGGUGCACAGACAGUCACCACAUGAUCCUUGACAGAAUCGGGUCAGGGUCCAGUGGCAUGGAGUCCAAGACGACUGGGGACCCUUCUCUGCUGCAGCCUUCUUCUGCCAUCGCAGCCGUUGUAAUAGUUCUUAAAUCUACCGUCUUCCGCCUGCUCUGCCGUUGAGGUCUUCACCGUAUCCCUGGCUAGGGGGCAAUCAGGUACUAGGCCUUUGCCAAGGGCCACCUGGGGUAACAGUAGUAAAGGGGUUAACCUCCUAGUGCCCCAAGACCCCAUAGAGGAGCCACCACUGCCGGAUGCACUUUAACGUCAUGCCCAGGACUAAUAAAGUACCGCUAUACUAAUUAAUUGAAAUCGGCACUAUACUGCCUUUGAAAAGUACCGGUACCGUUCUUUCAUCUGAGUGCCCGCUGUGCGGCGGUUACUACAGAGCCGAGGCGCAUGAUGUUGAGUGUGUCAAAACGCACACACAAAGUGCAUACAAGCAAUAACAUCUUGGAGAGGAAGAAUGGCAAAAAACGACAAUUCCACUGGUUAAUAAAGAGGGUACGUGAAGCACAAUAUGUAGGUAUUUGGACUUCAAAACGAACGGUAAAGGUGACGCUUAAACAAGGAAGCACCGUUCUUCAAGUGUUGCUUUAAAACACGCUUCGCCAAACGUGGCGAUUAGUAUUACCACCUUUGCUUCAAACCUAGGUAAACAUUGAAAUAAUAGGUAUUCAGAUCUGCACAAGGAGUUAUAAAGAGUGACAGGUAAUAUUGUUGUUACUCCUAUCCUGCUGUUUGGCUCCGGUGCAGACCGUAGUAGAGGAGCACAGGGAUGUAACCCUUCCCUUUACAAUGGGUCUGCUAAGCUCCGCUUUCCGGUUUAAAUUUGAGGCCGCCGAUUUGUGACAUUCUGGUUGCUUUAUUAUUAGUUUUGCAGGACACUACCGGACCCGUUCACUUUUUUACUGCUACGUGAAUACGCUACCUCUCCCUCUCUUUACUCGUCCACUCACUCACUGACGUCACUCAGACAACACGUUGCCAUUUUUUAAACACACGUACACAUACUACUAGACGCACACACAGCUGCUUGGAUUGAUGCCAAAGAGUUAAUAUGAUUAAUGACUGAAUUUGGUAACAAAUUCCUACAAUUUCUGUUUUAUCUUUAACAAAUGUGUGUUUUACCUGCGACAUGGCUUAUCUGUGUACAUGUAUCUAUUUUUAGUACUUACUAACAAUUGUAUUUUUCUUAAAACACAGACCAGGAUUGGCAACCAUAAAUCAUAAAUAAUGUAUUAUUAUGUUAAAGCUUUUUUAAUACAUUCUAAUCUAAUUCUUGAUUAUGGAACAUUUUAAAUUGUUCUUUGAGUGCAACAAGAAAAACACAAUGUGUUUAAUGCCCUUUAAUUUGUAUUUUAACCUUCUAAAAUUGUUCUUUGAGUGCAAUAGGAAACACAUCUUUAUUGAAUUGUAAGAUUUUCUGUUAAAAUAAAGCCAAAAUUGAAUUUUUUUUCGUACUUCCCUUUAUUUGGAAAAGUAUCGCUAUACAUUUUGGUACCGGUAUCCAUACUAAAUUAUUGGUAUCGGGACAACCCUAGUCUGGACAAAGCCCAGUUGUUUGUAUCAAUGCCAAAAACAUAUGCGUUGUGACCUCUGACCCCUGAUCACUAAUCCUAUAGAUGGUGGCUCCUAUCAGACAUGGCUUGUGUGCUUUUACUCCCAUGAUAAAAUACAAACCCCUCAUUCUUCUAAGAUUCAAGUCAUCUCUGGAUGAUGUGUGUUUGAUAUCUGGAACAGAAGCUAUCUAGGGCAGUGUUUUUCAACCAAUGUGCCGCGGCACUCUAGUGUGCCGUGAGAUACAGUCUGGUGUGCCGUGGGAGAUUAUCUAAUUUAAAAAAUAUUUUUUGCAAACCAGUAAUUAUAGUCUGCAAAUGAUGUGUUGUUGUUGAGUGUCGGUGCUGUCUAAAGCUCGGCAGAGUAACCGUGUAAUACUCUUCCAUAUCAGUAGGUGGCAGCAGGUAGCUAAUUGCUUUGUAGAUGUCGGAAACAGCGGGAGGCAGCAUGCAGGUAAAAAGGUGUCUAAUGCUUAAACCAAAAAUAAACCAAAGGUGAGUGCCCCUAAGAAAAGGCAUUGAAGCUUAGGGAAGGCUAUGCAGAACGAAACUAAAACUGAACUGGCUGCAAAGUAAACAAAAACAGAAUGCUGGACGACAGCAAAGACUUACUGUGGAGCAAAGACAUGUACAUCUGAACAUGACAUGUCAAUCAAUGUCCCCACAAAGAAGGAUAAAAACAACUAAAAUCUUGAUUGCUAAAACAAAGUAGAUGCGGGACAUAUCGCUCAAAGGGAAACAUGAAGCUGCUACAGGAAAAUACCAAAAAAAGAGAAAAAGCCAUUAAAAUAGGAGCGCAAGACAAGCAGUAAAACACUACACACAGGAAAACAGCAAAAAAACUCCAAAUAAGUCAGGGCGUGAUGUGACAGGUGAUGACAAUACACCUACUUUGAGACAAGAGCUAUAUUGAUGCAUGCUUGGUUAUGCUUUAAAGUCAUAUCCAACAAUUGAGGACUUUUUAUUGUCAACUGAGUUUAGUUUUUUCAUGAUGUCUGCUGGUGGUGUGCCUCUGCAUUUUUUCAAUGCAAAAAAUGUGCCUUGGCUCAAAAAAGGUUGAAAAACACUGAUCUAGGGAGUCUUUCAUCAAAGGAAUAACCUCCUCCAGAUGCCUGGGACCUCGUUUACAUUAAAUCAGGCCGAAACUAAUAGAAAAUGUACAUGCUAUAAUAUACAGACACUUCGAUCUUAAUCAGGAUCAGCUUUAUUGGCCAAGUAUGUUUAACACACAAAGAAUUUGACUUGGAAGACUGUGCUUUCUUUGUUCAUUGUAAAGAAAUAAAGAAGAAUGCAUAAACUACGAGAGACAGCGCAGUACCAUGACGGGCAUCUGCGGCAUCAUCUUGGUAUGAAAACAAGAAGGAAACAAUAAAGAACCCAAAGGACAUAAGAGACAUUAAAGAGGACAGAACUGAUGCAACCUGCUGCUACCUCAGCGGUGUCAUUUCUACACGCACACACAAAACGCAAUGCCCAUCCAUCCAUUUUCUACCGCUUAUUCCCUUUGGGGUCGCGGGGGGCGCUGGAGCCUAUCUCAGCUACAGUCGGGCGGAAGGCGGGGUACACCCUGGACAAGUCGCAAUGAAAAACCAUAAAUGACAAAAACCAAAAAAAGUAUAAAUUGUACAUAUUGCGCACAUGCGAUUGCACCAUACAUAGACAUCGUGUUCUGUUCUGUUUGUGGUCUGUUUCUUUGU